GUAUAAAAACAAUAUCAAUCAAUCGAACCUGUUACAAUUAGCUUUGAACCAAGCUUCUGGCUAUUCUAAACUUUCUCGCCGACCACGGUUCAGUAAUUGUUAGUCCAGCACGGCAUUCAUACAACAUGAAGACCAUCGUAAUCCUCACGACAAUUUUAGGUUUGGCAGUAGCACAACGAGAAACGUCACUUAGCGUUAUUGAUAGUUUACGACAAGUUCAACCCGCCUACCGAGAAUUGCAGAACUACGUAGUGGCUGCCGUGGCCAAUGCCAAACUUAACAGCUCCGAUGUAAUUUACGAUUUCCACGGUGAAAUCUUUGUUGCAAAGGACAACUUCCUACGAUCGGCUGUCAACUUGGAAGCUAAUACGCUUCGACACAUCGAUGGACAAAGUUCGGAAACCGACAGCAGUUGUCUAGGAUUUCUGCGCAGUAGCAUCGAUGUUAACAUAAAUUUAGCGGGUGUAUCCUUCACCAAUUGUAUCAACGUCGUCGAUACAAAGCUAAAGGCCGAAAUCGACCAAGUAUACUCCCAUCUAGAACUGAACGAAACAUCCUUCCUCGACAUAAGUCUCUACGACGUUUUCCGCGGCCAAAACAUUUUCGUGAACCCGCAAGCUAUAAUCGAUCUCUUACAGGCAAAGCUGGGCCAACUGCAGCAAUCGCCCACUGGUCUGAUUGCUGAGCUAUCCGCACUGGUCGACGAUUUCCGCGCUCGUCUGGAUGUGAUCCGAGGAAGUUAUCGCCAGUGUCUAACCGUCAACGAUCAGCUGCUGCAAACCACAAUCAAUACGAUCCUGAUUCAGCUGCAGCAGAUUUGCAUGGGAGUACUUCUACCUAAUGUAGAGACCACAGCUGCUACGAAUGCAACACCCGAUCAACCACCAUCACCGGCCCCAGAGGAGUCUUUCUGGAAUUUUGCACGAAAACACUAGGCGCUCACAGCAAAUCGAAUGUGAUAUCGAAUAACAAAUAUAAAUCAAGUUUUACUUUAAAUCUACCGUGUUAGUGAAUAUUAGAUUAUUCAGUUUAUUUGAGUUCUAACACUACCUGUCGAAAGUGAUUGAUGGAAUAUAUGUAGAGAAAUAAAAAAAAACCGUGAGCACGAA